CUGCGACUUUACGAAUAUGAUAGCUGUAGUGUUGACCCGGUAGCGCACGCUUACAGACCGCGCGUGGAGCUCCUCAAAUAUAUUUGCAAUUCCUGGUCUCAAAUCAUAGUGCACCAUGGACAUUCACAGAUCGCGUUUCGUGCCUUUUCCGCCAUCUGCGAUCAACGCCCUUGCAUUUUCGCACACCGAACCUGAACAUGGCCAGCAAGAACCUGAGUCAUUGAGACUCGCGAUCGGACGCGCCAACGGCAACAUCGAGAUUUGGAACCCAGCGAACGGGGCAUGGCUGCAAGAGAAGGUGUUCUAUGGCGGCAAGGACCGAAGUGUGGAGGGUCUGGUGUGGACACAGAACCCCGACCAGAGGGAUCCAAACGGAAAAAUCGUUCCAGGACGCCUGCGGCUGUUUAGCAUUGGAUACUCGAGCAGCGUCACAGAGUGGGACCUUGCAACUGGUCUCCCGGCACGACACUCGAACGGCAACCACAGCGAAGUCUGGUGUAUCGCAACGCAACCGAGGGCGAAGUGCAACACUGUUGCAGGCACGAGCGAUGCCAGCUCCUACCAGAAGCUCGUAGCAGGCUGUGCCGACGGCACACUAGUCCUCCUCACCACCGAGGAUGACGACCUUCGCUUCGAGCGAUUCGUGUCCCGGGCAUCGACAAAGAAAGCUCGUGCUUUGAGCGUUGCAUACAAGGACCGCGAUACUGUGCUUGCAGGAUUUGCGGACAGCAUGAUACGAGUCUUCGACACAAGGAACGGCAACGUUAUUAGAAACAUCUCGCUGGGGAGUGGACCACACGGUGGACCGAAGGAGAUUCUGGUCUGGAAAGUGAAAUGCCUUCCCAACGGCGACUUCGUAUCCGGCGACUCUACUGGCGAAAUCAGGGUCUACAGCGGUAAGAACUACAGUCAGACGCAGAGGAUCUCGGGUCACGAAGCGGACGUUUUGGAUUUGGCCGUCUCUCGUGACGGCACAGGCAUCUUCAGCGCAGGCAUGGACCGCCGCACAUGCUUCUACACUUGCAAGAAGUCACAAGGCAACAAGGGACAGAACGGCAAAUGGCGCAAGGUGUCCCACCAGAGGUAUCACGAGCACGAUGUCAAGGCUAUGGCAACGUAUGAGGGUAACAAGAUCAGUGUGGUCGUUUCUGGAGGUAUUGACACACAACCCAUCGUCGUUCCUCUCCGCCAAUUCGGUCAAGAGCUCAGCCGAGGUCUACCAGCUCUACCUUCUACUCCGCCCCUUGUGAGCGCUCCGGAGGCACGACUCGUGGUCAGCUGGUGGAACACAGAAGUUCGUGUCUGGCGUGUCAAGCCCAACCACGAUGGCACCGAGAAGCCCAAGGUGGUGGCACGACUGGCGUUGCAGGGUGAGGAGAACAUCACAUCUGUCUCAAUCACCCAAGAUGGAGAGCUUCUCACUGUCGCAACCGCGGACGCCGUCAAGCUGUUCCAGCUCAUCCACCCGCAGUCAGGAGCAGGACCGAGCCUUCGAAUUCGGAAGAUCGAGAUGCCAGAUAUCGAAGGUGCAAGGAACGUACGUCUGACAGCAGACGGCAAGUGGCUUGCUGCGGUCACCGCGUCGAACGAGGUGAGGCUCAUCAGGGUUAUCAGGACGGAGGACCCAGAUGAUCAGCCGCGCCCUCUAGCCAAGGUUGCGCGCCUGCAGCGUAUGCCUCGCGAGGACAUCCGGUCGACGCCCCUCACUGGCGAGCACGGAUUUUACGAACGCUCUAUCAACAAUGCAGAGUUUUCUUCUGACGGUAAUGUUUUUGCUGUCACAGACCUUGCAGGCUACAUCGAUACGUGGGUCGUUGAAGGGCACGAGGACUCAACCGCUCCCGAAGUGGACAUCGACGACUCCACUUCGGACGCUGCCGAGGACGAAGACUCUGACGAUGACGAGGAUGGAUCAAAGGAGCAAAUCAUAUUUCUCGGCCAGCGAUGGAUACGUAAUCCCUCAGGACACUUGCUGCCCCGUCUCGACUCCACACCUACGCUACUAUCGUUCCAACCCAGCAUGAACGACUCUCGGCCACAACCGAAUGGCAACCCAGCGGUCCAUCCCACAAGGUCCAAUCCUCACUCCCACUCGCAUGAGGUGCUGACGACGGAGCAGAGGCUUCUUGUCACAUCUGCGAAACACCAGCUGUACGUCUUCGAAGUGAUUGCAGGCCGUCUUUCAGAGUGGUCAAGGAGAAACCCCCCAUCCAGUUAUCCUUCUGAAUACCGCAUGCUCGACCUUCCCGCAAAAGGCUGUGUAUGGGAUGUCACUUCUUCCCAGCAACGACUGUGGCUGUACGGCGAGAAGUGGCUGUUCAUGUUCGACCUGAGCAAAGACUUCCCAAUCUCCGAGGAUGGUUCAAAGAAGCGCAAGCGCGAUGCGGUCACAGAUACACCGAGGAAGACCACCAGUGGAGCCGGCGACAUCAUCCCCUCGAAAGAGAGCACUGUCACAAAGAUGCGCAAGUAUAACAGUGCACCAGGCAAGGAUGCGGGCAAGGCGAACUGGUUGGACGUGCACGCGCCUAGGUCUGACGCGCUUGACGAUGACGACGAGGGCGACGCUCAACCAUUGGCGUCUCUCCGACGAACGGCGACGCAAGAUGAGCCGACUAAUGGCGACGUACCUACUGGGGGUGAGGUUGCAGAAGUGGAGCAGAAGGCGAGCUGGUGGCAUACGUUCAAGUAUCGUCCGAUAUUGGGCAUGGUGCCUGUUAGCGGCGAGCAGGGGCAGCCGCUCGAGGUGGUCCUUGUCGAACGGCCAUCGUGGGAUCUUGAUCUGCCGCCUAGGUUUGUC